AUGGCUAAAUCAAAAUCAGUUAUCAUUAUCGGAUGUGGAAUCGCUGGACCUGUUCUAGCGAUGCUGUUGAAGCACAAAGGGUUCGACCCGGUCAUUUAUGAACGACACACAGAGAUCCAGAACGCUGGUUUGAUUCUGGGUGUUUCACCACAAACACUCAAAGUCCUAAACAUCCUCGGACUCGCCGAAGGCGCCAUCUCCCUCGGUCAUCAAGUCCAACAACUCAUAACCCGCUCCCAACUCACCCAAGAGAUCCUCGGCUCACGCGAUGUAUCCCCCAUAUCCCAAAAACUCGGCUGGCCGAUGGUUUUGGUCGUUAAACGCACACUGUACUGCCAGUUUCUGUAUGAUUCGGCUGUUGGGAGAGGGAUACCGGUGUAUUUUGGGAAGAAGGUUGUGGGUGUCGAUGAAAGUGGAGACAGGGUGAGCGCGGUGUUCGAAGAUGGGACGACGGCGGAGGGAGAUUUGUUGGUAGGAUGUGAUGGGUUGCAUAGUGCGGUGAGGAAUGCGUUGUUUGGGAAGGAGGAUCCACGGUUCAUGGGUCUUGUUCAGAUUGGAGGAUUCUCCCCGACCCCAGAGUCCCUCCGCAACGACUCUAAACCAACCGGGUUCCAAAUCUACGGCGACGGCGCGCAUUUCAUCGGUAUGCCCGUAAGCGACACCGAGAUGGUCUGGGCCACCACCCUCCCCUCGCCAAACGAGGCCAAGGAAGAUUGGCAGCGGCAGAGCCCCGACGAGACUCGGGACAUGAUAAACGGAUUACCGGUUUCCCGAUGGGAGAAUGGGGUGGAGGAGGUUAUUCGGGGGACGACGUUUAUUACGAGGUAUGGGUUGUAUGAUCGGCCGGUGUUGGAUACGUGGCAUAAGGGGAGGAGUGUGUUGGUUGGGGACGCGGCACAUCCGACGUCGCCGCAUAUGGGUCAGGGAGCGAAUCAGGCACUAGAAGACUGCUACCACCUCGUUCGCCUCUUAUGCAAAUCCCCCAACCUCCACACAUCCGACAAACUCACAUCCAACGAUAUCGAAACCGCCUUAACCCAAUACGAACACCUCCGCAUUGAUAUCGUCAAGAAAACCGUGGCCUUAGCUGCUGAAGAAGGGAAUCGGCGGGUGAUUUCUGGGAAAAAGGCGUGCGAGGAGCGAGAUGAGAUGUUGAGGAACGGAGGGGGGUCGAAUCCGGAGAGGUUGAAGUUGCAGAUGGAGUUGAUACAGGGACCGUUUGUAGGUGAGAGUGAGAUUUAA